UCACCACCGUCACUGAGCAUGCACGCAGGCUCCAUGUCUCUCCUGGGCUGUCCUGGGGAUUGCAGUGUCACAUCCUACAGAACUCACUGCUAUAUCCCGGUGACUACUUCUGUUGCAUUUUACUCCAGUGAUGUAAGCCCCACCUUUAGGCUCGGCUUACCCAGCAGCUACCAAGGAAACCUCUGGCUCCUGGAUAACUGUCAGGAAACUCAAGACGAGGCACCAAGCUGUGAAUCUCCCAACUGCGAACCCAAGACCUGCACCACAAGUUGUGACCAAUCAAAUACCUCUGUGCCCUGCAACUCUCCAACAGUGGACAAAAGCCACAGUGCCUGUGAAACCACCAACAUCAGAGCCAACGCCAGCUGCAACACGUGCACUCAGACCCAGGGGUAUGUAUCAGACUGCUCCAUACCCAGCCAAGGUACGUCCAAAGCUUGCCAGACCCUCAGCAGUGGCUUCAAAUGCUUUGGGCAACUUAACUGCUUAUCCAAGAGUUUCUGGCCCCUAAACCACUACAGACUGAGUAGUUUGGGGUAUAGAAGCCACCAAAAUCUUGGCUUCAUUCCUAGUGGCUUCUCACCAUUGUGUUGUAUUGCCAACAGCUGCCAAUCCCCACACUAUUUUAUAAGACAUUACCAAUAUCCAAGCUAUCCGUACAUAAGCUGCCCACCACUGAGCUAUUUUUCAAGAAACCUUCAAUCUCUGAGCUGUAUACCAAGUACCUUUCCUCCUCUGAGGUAUUUAUGCAGUGGUUGCAGACCUCUGAAUUGCUAUUGAUCAACUUAUGGCAUUCACAGCUGCCAGAAACUGUCCAAUGGGGCAGAUUCUACCAAGUUGUCACCCUCUCCGAUAAUUCUGGUGAAUCACUUCACGUCUUAAGAAUCAAGUUCUAUUAACCUCAAAUAUAACUUCAGGACUUAACCACAACCAUUACCAUCUACUAGCUAGCUUUUUUGUUGCUCUCUUAAUGCCCUUUGUGUUGAAGGCUGAUCCUGUGGGUACUAUCAUUAUUUCUGAGAUUGCAUGUGACAGACACACUGAAGAGAUUCCACAUGAAAUACAGAGCAAUGCAGCUUUCAUGUUUUGGCCAUCACUUGUCUGAUAGUGUGACUGUUUUCAACUUUUCUUGAUGAAAUGGAGCCUCCUUGGUGUAACUGGUGAUUCUAGCACCCCCUCUAAAGAUUGUUUUGCUUUUUAUCAGUAAUUUUGCCAGUUGCCUAACUAGCAUCCUGCUAAUAAGCUGAGAGAUAAUAUCAUCUUAAACAUCCUGAGUUGAGCAAAUUCAUCCUUCCCCUCCUGCCAGAAUGCAAGGAUGGGCAAGCAGCAACAUCCAACUAGAGUUCAAAAUCAGAAGACCUUCCACCAACCUUCUCUUCCGAACAAGCCACAGCGCAUAGGAUUGCCUGGCACUCAGCUUUUGUUCUCAAUGCCUAAGAGAAAGCCUCAGAAACAGCAGAAACACAAACAUCUUUUACUAAAAGAAUGACAAAAUCCUUUUAUAGAUGCUUCAUGAUCAGUAAUAAUCUAUGUUCCUGAUUCUGCUAAAAUUCUUCCCUGUUGAUUUAUUGCUUUCAGGUUGCCAAAACAGUCUUGGUUUAUAGUUAAUAAACAAAUUUGUACUAGGAAA